UCCUGACCGGAAGUCCCAGCGGCUCCCGGAAGCGCCGAAGCUUGGGAGAUGGCUGACCUGGAGUCCUCGCUCCUGGGCGGACCCGAGGCCGCGGCGCCCCCACGAUAGAGCGGGCCUGGGUCCCGAGGGAUGGAAGGGUCCAAGGCGUCCAGCAGCACCAUGCAGGUGAGCUUCGUGUGCCAGCGCUGCAGCCAGCCCCUGAAACUGGACACCAGCUUCAAGAUCCUGGACCGAGUCACCAUCCAGGAGCUCACAGCUCCAUUACUUAGCACAGCCCAGGUGAAACCAGGAGAGACCCAGGAGGAAGAGGCCAACCCAGGGGAGGAACCAUUUGUGGAAACCCGCCAGGACGGCGUCUCCCGCCGCUUCAUCCCCCCAGCCAGGAUGAUGUCUACAGAGAGCGCCAACAGCUUCACGCUCAUCGGGGAGGCGUCCGACGGCGGUACCAUGGAGAACCUCAGCCGCAGACUGAAGGUCACCGGGGACCUUUUUGACAUCAUGUCGGGCCAGACCGAUGUGGACCACCCGCUGUGUGAGGAGUGCACAGAUACACUGCUGGACCAGCUGGACACGCAGCUCCAUGUCACCGAGAACGAGUGUCAGAACUACAAGCGCUGUUUGGAGAUCCUGGAGCAGAUGAACCAGGAUGACAGUGAGCAGCUGCAGCGGGAGCUGAAGGAGCUCACCCUGGAGGAGGAGCGGCUGAUCCAGGAGCUAGAGGAGGUGGAAAAGAACCGCAAGGUGGUGGCCGAGAACUUGGAGACGGUGCAGGCCGAGGCGGAGCAGCUGGACCAGGAGGAAGCCCAGUACCAGCGGGAAUACAGCGAGUUUAAACGGCAGCAGCUGGAGCUGGAUGAUGAGCUGAAGAGUGUAGAGAACCAGAUGCGCUAUGCGCAGGUGCAGCUGGACAAGUUGAAGAAGACCAACGUCUUCAACGCCACCUUCCACAUCUGGCACAGCGGGCAGUUCGGCACCAUCAACAACUUCAGGCUGGGCCGCCUGCCCAGCGUCCCUGUGGAGUGGAAUGAGAUCAAUGCUGCGUGGGGCCAGACUGUGCUGCUGCUGCACGCCCUGGCCAACAAGAUGGGUCUGAGGUUUCAGAGGUAUCGACUUGUUCCCUAUGGAAACCAUUCAUACCUGGAGUCCCUGGCAGACAAAUCCAAGGAGCUGCCAUUGUACUGUUCUGGGGGGCUGCGGUUUUUCUGGGACAACAAAUUCGACCACGCCAUGGUGGCUUUCCUGGACUGUGUGCAGCAGUUCAAAGAGGAGGUGGAGAAAGGCGAGACGCGUUUUUGUCUUCCAUACAGGAUGGACGUGGAGAAAGGCAAGAUUGAGGAUACCGGCGGCAGCGGGGGCUCCUACUCCAUCAAAACCCAGUUCAACUCCGAGGAGCAGUGGACGAAAGCACUCAAGUUCAUGCUCACCAAUCUGAAGUGGGGUCUUGCCUGGGUUUCCUCGCAGUUUUAUAACAAAUGACUUUUUUUUUUCCUUAGGGGGAUGUCUGCCUAAAAGACUAGAUUUUGUUUUGUUUUGUUUGAAAAAAAUAAAGUUUUGAAUUUGGGUGAUAUUAAACG